AUGGGCAGCCCCCUGUCCCCCAUUCUAGCAGACAUAGUGCUAGAAGAUAUCAUAGAAAUAGCUCUCGCCGAACUACCUUUCGAUAUACCCUUUUUACGAAAAUAUGUGGACGACCUGUUGCUUGUAAUACCGAAAGAUCAGACUGAAACAGUGCUAGAAGUGUUUAAUCGUCAAAAACAACGUUUACAGUUCACCAUACAAACCGAACAAAAGGGAAAACUACCUUUUCUGGAUAUGACGAUCAUUCGCAACGAUAACCAAUCUCUCACGUCUGAAUGGUACUGCAAGCCCAUUGCCUCGGGAAGAAUGCUCAAUUUUUAUUCUUUUCAUCAAUAUAAACACAAAAUAAACGUUGCCAACAAUUUCAUUCAUCGAGUGAACUCGUUAACCACACACGACAAUAUCGACACCAACAGCAUUAUUCGCCAACACCUUACGUCCAACUGCUACCCGAGCACCUUAGUGUCCAGACUUAUCAACCAAUACGAUAAAAAACACUUCGUACCCCAAUCAACGCGGAUAAUUCAUACUUCGGACCCAACAACUUAUACCCCAGCGCUAACCGUAUCAUCAACACCUGUCGCCCAGUCACAACCAACAAACAACAGCAUCGCAACUCCUCAGCUCCAAACUAAUAGUGAACCAACAGCAGCAACACCGGAUCACCACCCGAACGACACCAUUUACCGAUCACUACUAUACAUUCCUAAGGUCACCGAUCGACUAAUCAAAACCUUCAGACGCGAAUUUCCAAACUCGACCAUUGCCACUAGACUUAAUUCUACUCCACAGAUCACAUCCAAAUACGGUUAUGAAACUGAAACGUAUAAGUUGGAAGCUUACGAUGGAUUUGUUAUAGAGAUGCAUCGUCUUAAGGCAUCACCGUCUACCGGUCCUUUUGAUACCCGGAAGAGACCCGUAUUUUUGAUGCACGGAUUGUUGGGUUCCUCUGGCGACUGGAUUCUGAUUGGACCCAAACAUGCACUGCCGUAUUUGCUCUCAGAUCAAGGGUACGACGUUUGGCUCGGCAAUGCCAGAGGAAAUCGCUACGGAAGAGAGCAUAGCUAUUUGACAAUGGACAUGAAAGAAUUUUGGGAUUUUUCUUGGCAUGAAAUAGGCUUCUACGAUGUACCGAUGAUGGUGGAUUUCAUCCUAAAAACACGCAGCAUCGACAAGCUGCACUACAUUGGCCAUUCUCAGGGUACGACAGCAUUUUUUGUGAUGACAUCACUGCUGCCGGAUUAUAAUGAGAAAAUUACGAAGCUGUACGCACUAGCGCCUGCUGCAUAUUUGAAUCAUUUAAACCAACCUUUACUAAAGUAUCUUGCAACACACUUGGAAGCUGCUACGAGCGUCGCGAAUAUGCUGGGUAUUCAUCAAAUUUCUCCCUCCGAGCCGUUCUACAAUCAAAUUGCGAACACGUUAUGUCCAAGUAACGGAAUGUACUGUGUCGAUAUUAUUUCGUCCACCAGUGAAUACUGGAAUUUGGAUUCAGCAAUCCUUCCAGUACUCAUCGGGCACAUUCCAGCCGGCGCAUCCAUCAAGCAAUUUUUCCAUUUCGGACAAGAAGUCACCUCGGGACACUUUCGGCAAUUCGAUUACGGACCGGAAAAUAACACUCAAAUCUACAACUCAGUCGAACCUCCCGACUACAAUCUAACAAACGUUCGCACCCCUGUUAGCAUCUACUAUGCGCUGAAUGACAAGCUCACGCACCCGGAGGAUGUUCGACGACUUGCGCAAGAACUGCCGAAUCUGGUCGCACUGUACCAACUUCCGAAUGCCUCCUUCAGGCAUAUGGACUUUCUGCUAGCCGCCGACAUCAGGCAGGUGUUGUACGAGAGGAUUCUCGCCAGUAUCGAGGAAGAGGGUUGA